GCCCAGCUGCAGCCCGACCAGGUGCCAGUCCCGCCGGGGUGCCGACUGUGGGUGCGACCCCGGCGAGGGAAGCACAGAGUCCCGCGGGCACGAGCCUCGACUACCUGGCGGCCGCCAAGCGCGCAAGCCGCCCCCGCCAUCCCCCAGCGCCGCCGCCCGGCGAGCCGGCGCACAGACAGCGCUCGCCCUCGGCCCCGCCUCCCGCGGCGGGGAGAGGAAGCGGGUCGGGAGCGCGCGCGCGCGGACGGGAAGCGGGGGACGCGCGGAGGGCGCACGGACGUGCUCCGGCUGGAAGCGGGAGCCCGCGCCGCUCGGGUUCCGCGGGCGGAAAGGAAAGGGGGCGGCGGGAAGGCAGCGCGCCGCCCGCCCCUCCCCAUCCCCCGCCUGGGCCCUGCAGGGGCUGGAUGGGCGAGUCGGGCGCGAUGGCUCGGGCCCCGGCGGCGGAGGAGGCGGCGGCGGCGGCGGUCGGAGGCGGCGGCGCCUCGGCGUCCUCGGCCAGGCGCCGGCGGUGAUCCGAGCGAGCGGCCGCGGCCCCCGAUGAGACUGCUGGCGGGCUGGCUGCGCCUGAGCCUGAGCCUGAGCCUGAGCCUGAGCCUGAGCCUGAGCCUGGCGGCCGUGUGGCUGGCGCGGAGGAUGUGGACGCUGCGGAGCCCGCUCAGCCGCUCCCUGUACGUGAACAUGACGAGCGGCCCGGGCGGCAGGAAGGAGAACCACCAGUGGUAUGUGUGCAACAGAGAGAAAUUAUGCGAAUCACUCCAGGCUGUCUUUGUGCAGAGUUACCUUGAUCAAGGAACGCAGAUCUUCUUAAACAACAGCAUUGAAAAAUCGGGCUGGCUAUUUAUCCAGUUAUAUCACUCUUUCGUGUCAUCCGUUUUUAGCCUGUUUAUGUCUAGAACAUCUAUAAAUGGGUUGCUAGGAAGAGGCUCAAUGUUUGUGUUUUCACCUGAUCAGUUUCAGAGACUGCUUAAAAUCAAUCCAGACUGGAAAACACAUAGACUCCUUGAUUUAGGUGCUGGUGAUGGAGAAGUCACAAAAAUCAUGAGUCCUCAUUUCGAAGAAAUAUAUGCCACUGAACUUUCUGAAACUAUGAUAUGGCAGCUGCAAAAGAAGAAAUACAGAGUGCUGGGUAUAAACGAAUGGCAGAAUACAGGCUUCCAAUACGAUGUCAUCAGCUGCUUGAAUUUGCUGGACCGGUGUGAUCAACCCCUGACUUUGUUAAAAGAUAUCAGAAGUGUCUUGGAGCCAACUCGAGGCAGGGUCAUCCUUGCCCUGGUCUUACCCUUUCACCCCUAUGUGGAAAACGUAGGUGGCAAGUGGGAGAAACCAUCAGAGAUUCUGGAAAUCAAGGGACAGAACUGGGAAGAACAAGUGAACAGUCUGCCUGCAGUCUUCAGAAAAGCCGGCUUUGCCAUCGAAGCUUUCACCAGACUGCCCUACCUGUGCGAAGGCGACAUGUACAACGACUACUAUGUUCUGGACGACGCCGUCUUUGUUCUCAAACCAGUGUAGACGUGUGGAGGCCCACAUGUUCAGAGCGGACCCCAAGAGUGUCCGCCCCGGAAGAGGGGCUGCAUUCACUGUUACGUGAAGGGUGAAGGGAGGAUGUAUGGGGGCCUACUCUUCUCAAUAUCAUGUAGGAACUUUAAAAGCCAAAAUACUAAUUAUUUCUUUGUAGUGUGUAAGAGGAAUGUUUUUUAAAAAAAGCAAACACCCAGCUCUUUGAGGAUUUUUAUCAACUCUUUACUCAGUAAUGCAGGUCACAUUCCAAUUAUGGAAGAUAUUUUUUAUACUUAAAUCGCAGUGGGGCUCACUCCCAGUCAGAGCAAUAGUCACGACUUCACGUCGAACCAGUAAACACGGAUCAUUUUUAAUAUGAAGAAGACCGGCAAUAAAGCUGUCUACUCACUUGCAAAUAUUGGUUAUAAGGUAUAGCCACUGAUAUUCUUUCCUGUUAGAAAUUCUUUUUGUCAUUAUUCAAGAACAUGUUUUUAAUCAUGCUAAUAAACUUUUUUGGAGAUGACUUUGGCAUCAUGUUUGAGUUACUCCAAGGCUUCCCCCAGCAUCUUUUAUUGUUCUGACUUCAGGGGUACCCAGACAGUAUCGCUCUGUGAAAAACAGACUUGAGUUAGUGGUAAAGGAAGGCCUCAGAGUGGGUGGGGGCCACGGGGAUUGCUGCAGACUGUGAGGAACACAGAGGCGCGGUGUAAAAACUCAAAAGGAUAACUUCAUAGCAUGCUUCAGGGGCCACCCCCAGUCCACUGCUCAGGCCGCUUGAGGACAUGCAAAGUGGCGGCUCUCAACUUGGUGACAGCUUAUGAGACACACCCUCAUAAUUUUGUUUUUCUAGACAAUCUCAGGUUCUCAGAAUUGAAGCGUUCAGUUGUGUCCUCUGACACGGUGCAACCAACCAAUGUUUUAACUCAGCUCCUCACUCUAAACUUGUAUACCUCUUUCCCAGAACUUGGUUCUUCUUGAAACCCUGAAUUGAGUGUACGAUUUACCAAGAAUAUGGUUUGACGAAGACCAGGCCAGGCUCACACAUGCUAGAAUCCAUGAGUGCCUCUAACUUUGUACCCUGUAAUACUAAAUAGAGGAUCUCAUUACCAAGAUCAAUAACCAUUGCAGAUAUUCCAAAGAGAGAGAGCACUUACCCCAGAAUCUCAAAUCGUAGUAGUAACAGAGACACCGACUUGAGAUUGUGGUUAUUAACAAUAUGUUAUCCUCACAACUUUCUUUCCUUUCUUUCUCAGCCAGGUGUUUCAUUAACUAUCCUCAUUUAUAUGCUCAUAGAAGCCAUCACACCAGCACAUUUACUGCAGCACCUGGAUCCAAAGGAGAAUUCAAGCUUUCAGAAGAAUCCCUUCUUCAUUAAGAUAGCAUGCCCACAUCCUCAUACCAGAGUCUUCCAUUGUUACUGUGUAGUCAUAAUAAGAGUUGGCUUAUGUGAUUUAUGCAAAAUUGUUAACUGGUGCAUUCUAAUGUUUGUUUGUUUUUUCCAGGAACUCAAAUAAGUGAAAUGCGAAUAAUUAGCACCCCAGACAGUAAAAAUAGAAAAGAGGAAAUGAGUUCACUUAAUGUAGUUUUUGUCUGAUUGAGUUUUGCUCCUUUAUAAAAUUGUCAGAAUCAGGGGCUGCUGGUUUAGACUGUCAAACAAGAGGGCAACGAGAAAGGCAAGGUUAGCUGAACCUGUUCCAUAACCUUGAAAUCGCUAAUUUGAGAGUCUGUGAAAGCAAUACCACUACCUUUACCCUGCUCCCCCAAAGCUGAGAAAACACAGACACCUUUGUGUUUCAGCAUGAAAAAAAAAAAGUUUCUUGAAGUUGGAAGUUUUCUCGAGACCAGCUUGCUAAAAGUACCAUCUUAAGGUGAAAAUUCAAACCAGCAGAUCCAUCCACCUUUGUCUGUCUGCCCUGGACAGUCCUCGGCAUGUCACCACGGCCACUAGAUGGCAGUGCUGUUGAGGAAGUGUCCACGGCUUCUUCCCUCACCCUCCUCUAAAUGGAAUCAUGUUCUCCCUUGCAAAGUACAAUAAAGCUGCCUUCUUGUCUGCACCA